AUGGUUUUUUCUAAUUUUGCUUUGGCUGGCAGAGAUCCAUUUUUGCAGUCCACUGGUAACAUUUCAGUAGACUACACAACAGAUAUCACACCGAGCAACUGGACUUUUGCAAUCUGGGGGAUCAUAUACGGAUUGAUGGCUGCAGUGCUGGUUUAUGUUCUCUCUACGCUUUUUAGGAAGAAUGCAUAUGGCUAUGUGUACUGUAGCCUAGCAGUUCUUCCACUCAUUGCCUUCUCCUGCAUUGGUCUGCAUGCUUACGGAGCCUGGCUGCAUAAGUACCACAGAGCUGAUUCGUAUCGCAUUCGUGUGCUGGUCCAGAACGGUAUUGCUAUAUAUGCAACAUGGACAACUAUUGCAUCUCUGGUGAACCUGAAUAUAGUGCUGGUCACUGAGGCAAACAUGUCCCAAAAUGAUGCUGCAACAACAACUCUGUCUAUUCUGCUGGUGGUAAUAGUUACAUGGUUUGUCCUAGAAAACUGGUUGUUGGAGAAGCAUGUCCGUUACAUUGUGUCUAUUUACCCCACUGUCAUAUAUGGACUGGUUGGGGUUUUCACAAAAAUUUUUGAUCCAGAAAUCACAUCUCGAAAUGACAUUUUCAUUGUGGCUCUUCUGGCAACAGCCUCUGUGCUCUUUGUCCUACGUAUUGUUUUGGUGAUAUGGAAACACAUAAAACGGCCCCUCUACAGAGGCGUCAACUUUGAAGCAAUGGAGCCAACGGAGAUCGCUCAGAAGAACAAGAAAAUAUUUAUUUGA